UCUCCAAAGUAGGGGUGUCCACCCCAGACAACUGCAUAAUCAAGUAAUGUAUGGGGUCGGUGUUGUUUGAGGACAUAGCUGUGGAUUUCACCCCAAAGGAGUGGGAGCUGCUGGACUCUGCGCAGAGGCACCUGUACAGGGACGUGAUGCUGGAGAACUACAGUCACCUGGUAUCCCUGGGGCACUGUGUUACCAAACCUGAGCUGAUAUUCAAGUUGGAGCAAGGAGAAGAAGCGUGGAUCUUAAAGAGCGAACUCCCAAGUCAGCGCCACCCAGAAGUCCAGAAAGGCAAUAACGUGAAAGAGAGGAGCCAAGACAAUGAAGAUAAACAUGCAAGACAAACUUUAUUCAUCAACAACAAAACAUUGAUGAAGGAGAGAAGUAAGGCCUUAGGAGAAGCAUUUAAUAUGGCCACAAAUCCAGUGCCUUCAAGAAAGAUAUCCCAUAAAUGUGACUCAUUUGGAACAAGCUUGAAAAGUGUUUCAGAACUAAUUAUUUGUAAUAGAAGCCAUGUAAUAAAAAAGUGUGGUGAUUUCAAUGGAUGUAGAUUCCUUGAUACUACGCAUGAGAAAAUUCAUACAGGGGACAUGUCCUGUGAAAAUGAUCAAAAGAAGAAAUCCCACUGUCAUAAUGAUGACUUUAUUCAACACCAGAAGAAUUCAGAUUUGCAGCUGCUUCUUGAAUAUAAUAAUUGUAGGAAAGCCUUUCAUAAAAAAACAGCCUAUGUUACAUAUAUGAGAACUCACACAGGAGAGAAACCCUUUGAAGGUAAUGAUUACAGAAGAGCCUUCAUGCAAAAGUUAAAGUUUAAUGCUUGUCUGAGAACCCUUAGGGAAAGGAAGUUACAUGAAUCCAGUAAAAAUGGGAAGUCCUCAUGCAUGAAGUCAAAACAUGCACACCAGAGAACUCGCAUAGGGGAGAAACACUUUGAGUGUAAUGAAUUGGGGAAAUCCCAUAGCAAGAAGUCAAACCUUACUCAACAUCAGAGAAUGCACACAGGAGGAAAACCUGAUGAGUAUAAUGAAAGUAAAGAAGCCUUGCCGAAGUCAUUCCACACUCAAAAUGAGAGAACUCACACAGGAGAGAAAAUCUGUGACUGUAAUAAAUGUGGGAAACCCUUCCAUGAAAAGUCAUGCCUUACUCAAUAUCAGAAAAUUCACACAAUAGAAAAACCCAAUGAGAGUGAAAAAGCAAUAAAGAAGUCACACCUCACUCAAAGUCAGAGAGUUAACACAAGAGAGAAAAGCUCUGAAGGUGGUAAAUGUGAGAAAGCUUCCUGCGAGAAGUCAAAACUUGCUCAACAUCAGAGAAUGCACUUGGGGAAAAGAACAGAUGAGUGCAAUGAAAAGAGGAGGAUCUUAAGUAAGAAGUCACACCUCACUCAAAAUCAGCGAGUUCACAAAGGAAAGAACACCUAUGACAGUAAUAAAUGUGGAAAAAGCUUCCAUAAGAAAACAGAACUUACUCAACCUCAGAGUACACACACAGGGAAAAAACCCUACGAAUGUAACGAAUGUGGAAAAUCCUUCUUUGUGAAGUCCAACCUCACUGAACAUCAGAGAACUCACACAGGAGAAAAACCAUAUGACUGUAACAAAUGUGGAAAAUCCUUCUGCCAGAAGUCAGCCCUCACAGUGCAUCAGAGAACUCACACAGGAGAGAAACCGUAUAAAUGUAAUGAAUGUGGGAAAACCUUUUGCGUGAAGUCAAACCUUACUCAACAUCAAAGAACCCACACGGGAGAGAAACCCUAUAAAUGUAAUGAAUGCUGGAGAUCUUUCUGUGUGAAAUCCAACCUUGUUGUGCAUCAGAGAACUCAUACAGGAGAGAAACCCUACAAAUGUGCGGAAUGUGGGAAAACUUUCUAUGAAAAGUCAGCACUCACAAAACACCAGAGGAUUCACACAGGUGAAAAACCCUAUGAAUGUGAUGAAUGUAGAAAAACCUUCAGCCAGAGGUCAGCCCUCACCAAACAUCAAAGAAAAACACACAAGAAGAAAACUCCCAUCAACACUCUCUCCGUGCAGAAGCCUGCAUCUCCAAGUCAGACUCUUUGAACAUCAGAAAAAUUGCAGAGCAGAAACGCUAAGAUGUCAACCCUUGUAGGACAGUCUUUAUCAAUAGGUCAUAGCUAAUUGGAAUUAGCAGAUUAAUACAGGAGUGAAACCCUAUGAAUGCUUUGAAUGCGUGAAAGCUUUCAACAAGUAUUCAAAGAUAUUGAGGGGGAGUAUGUCAUUUUAAGGAAUAUGGAUUAAAGUGUUCUUGUAGAAAUAUUGUUUAACUAGAAGUCAUAUGUCAGAUGUGACACCAAACUUAUUACAGAAAAGGUAACAAAAUAUUUUGUUCUUAAUAGAAUGUGAAAUGUGGAGCUUUUGUAAAAGCAUGAAUAAUUUAUGUCAUUGACACAACAGUAUUAAAGAUAUAUGUGAAAAGUCAGAGGCAUACUGGACUACAUAUAGGUGUGUAGUAUAUGAUUGUGCUAUAUAACAUAAAUAAUGUGUAUGUUGGAUUUGCAUAUGGGAACCCACCACUGUCUCUGCAUCUCAACAAUAAGUGAAAAUUGAGCAAUCAACCUGUGGUGCAACAAUCCCACUUCUAGACACAUACCCUAAAACAAUAGUUCUCAAGUGGACAUCCUAAAAGGUAUUUGAAAAUAUCGGGAUAGUUUGGUUGUCACUAUGACUGAGGGUACUACUAGCCUUUAGUAGGUCAGAGGACUAAAAAUGCUAAACACCCUGAAACGUGUCAGUGAAAGGACAGGAUGAAGAGGCUCAUCCAGAAUGCCAUUUACUCCCUCACAGAAAAACACUGCCCUAGGAAAAAUUGCACAUCUGUCACCACACAUUACAAGAAUGUUCAUUGCAAUGCUUUAUGUAAUAUUUUUUAAAAAACAAAAAGCAACAAAUGUCCAUUAAUGAUAGACUAGAUAAAUAAAUGUUGGUAUGGUCAUACAGUGGGAAUAAUAUAUACCAAUAAAAAGGAGUGACCUCAGUUAAACACAUCAAGAUUAUAUCUUAAAACAAUAAUGUUGAAUUAAAAAAUAUAGAUACCAUGUUAUUGCAGUUAUGUAAAGUUUAAAAACAGAAUUCAGCAGUACAUUGUUUAGGGUAUACAUAAUAGGUAAAACUACAAAGGAAAACAAGUGGAUGAUUAACACAAAAUCGAGGAUAGCAAUUACAUUUGUGGAAGAAGAA